AUGUCGUCAAGCCUUUUCAUCCUAGAUGAGAAUCUUGAGCUACUGGUGUCUAAGAAUAUAAGGGCACUACCGAGUCUGUCAUCGGUCCUUUCAAGUUUCAAACAAUGUUAUCAUGACGAAGCGCCUCCCAUCCUUUCCCAGAACGAUUGGUUCUUCAUACACCUGAAGAGAGAUUUUUUGCAUUUCGUUUCAGUGAUACAUACUACAGACAAACCGAAUAUAGACCUGAUGACUAUACUUGCCUUUUUGGAACAGUUUUACCAUCUCUUACAAGAGUAUUUUGAAAUAAAGGUUUUAACCAAGGAUGUCAUACUAGACAACGUUUUGCUGGUCUUGGAAUUAAUGGAUGAAUGUAUAGACUUUGGUAUUGUACAAGUGACCGAUCCGAGUAUCAUCAAAGACUAUAUCCGUGUGAAAGUUAAUCUGCCUAAAAUCAAAAUAGACAAUGAAGAGUGGAGCUCUAGUGAAGAAAGUAGUAGUAGUAGUAGUAAUAGUAGCAGCAGUAGUAGUAGUAGUGAAUACAACAAUAGGAAGAAGGGGAAGAGCAAGAAAAAAAAGAAGAAGAAGAACACUAAGGGGAAGAAUAUGGGCAAGAGCAAACUGAAAAGUAUAAUGGUAAACAAUAAGGAGAAUAAGGGUAUUAACGUGGUAGAAACCGUCAAAGAGACUUUGAGAAACAAGAAUGAUACUACCAAAGCCAACGUGGAUGAAGGGCUGCCUAAUGACGGCAAUGACCUUUAUAUCAAUGGCGACAUUGCGAAGACGAUCAUAAUGCCCAUAUCGUGGAGAACAAAGGGGAUACAUUAUGCCAAAAACGAGUUCUUUCUUGACGUUAUAGAACGCGUGCAGUACUUGAUGGAUUUUGAGAAGGGCAUAAUCAGGAAAAACCUGAUACAUGGAGAAAUUGUGUGCAGGUGCUAUUUAUCAGGAAUGCCCAAACUGAAAAUAUCUAUCAACAAGAUACUAAAUAGAGAUGCUCAAUUUUUGUCGAACUCCAGCUUUCACCAAUGUGUUUCACUAGAUUCCAUAAAAACUAUCGAGAAAAGGGAAGAGAAGGAAGAUGAUGAUACUGGUUUGCAGGCAGCAGCAGACGCAAAGGAACUCGAAUUUGUACCGCCGGAUGGUGAAUUUGUUCUUUGCCAAUAUGAAUUGAAAAGACAUGUGAAGGAUGCGCCAAUGAUAAAACUGAAGGAUUUUCAGAUCAAGCCUAAAUUGAAGAAAUUUAAGAUCCAAAUUGAAACGAAAAUUCAAACAAAUUUCAAACCGACCAACUCUACAUCGAAGCUGAACGUUAAGAUACCCUUGACAAAGGUUUUCCAGGAAUACAGGAUAGAUCUCAGCAAGCAAAUUAGAUUCAAGUCCAACAUCGGCAAAGUUGUGUUUAACUUAAGCGACGAUUUUUUGCUCUGGGAGAUACAAGCCAUGAAGGGCCACCGCGAGCAUAACACAAAUAAGACCUCACAAGAUGACAACGACCCAGACGCGUGCGCUUCCAUGGUGGCAGAGUUUCCCCUUUUCAACCAAGAAGAAUAUGACCGCUUGCAAGAAGAAAAGAAAACCUCGAUGAAUCCGCCGCCGCUGCGUACAGGGCCCAGGUUGGAAGAACUAUACAGACAAGUCCACGACCAACAAAUUGCCCACGUUACUCCUCGAGAUAAAUUAGUCGCCAUCGACUUCGAGAUUCCGUACUGUACGUGCAGUGGCCUAAAAAUUGAGUACUUGAAGGUCGAAGAGCCACAGCUGCAGUACCAGUCCUUCCCCUGGGUCAGAUACAAGACUACCAGCGAUGAUGAGUACGCAUAUAUUGUGUGA